UCUAGUUACUGUCGCGUUGGAAACUGCUCAGCCCUUUUAACUUCGCAGAGUGGUGUCGCUUACUGACAACCAACCGACUGUCCUGUUGAACGCAAUUGUGUAGAAUCUAGCGAUCUUGAUGUAAACCGUGUUUUGAAUAUCUCUGCGCUCAUGAGCAGCCUUGUUCCAUCGACUCCAUGUGCUUCAGUGACCGUCGGGCCUCAAAAGCGGCGAGAUGAGACGCUGCUCUUGAUUCAGCGCGCUGAGCGUUUGGUGCGCCAGUCCUCUAUGGGAACGCUUCAUUCCGCUGUUCGAUAUCGAAUACCUUUUUCCUCCAGGCUCCCUGAUUUACUGUUGCAUGGCGUUAAUGACAAUGUGCAAAAGGAGUGUCGUGAUGACAGCGAGGAAAUUAAAGUUCGACCUAAAUCCACGGGGAUUUUGUUGAAUUCUCUGGGCGUGAACGUACCGUUUCCACCGCCAGCCCUGCGCGACCAAAGCGCGCAGGCCUGCGUUGGCUUGGCCUGGGAAUACAUGCGCGGCGUUCGGGAAGUGGAGGGGCAUUUGCGAAGGCAAGCGGGCAGGGUCACCCAGGAGGCUACUAAGAUAGAACAUCAGAGAGAGCAGCUGGAGAAACUGCUUCGGAGCUUCAGAAGGGCUGUACGUGUUAAUCAGCAGAGCACAGAUGGGAGGACUUUAAGACCCACCGCCAACGAGGCAAGGAAAGAUGGAGCAGAUGUUCUGCUCAGCCACGAGAGAAAAUGCUUAAACGAGCUAAAACGGACCCUGGAAGCCAUGUUGAGAAAUACUUUAACUCAGCAGCAGGCCCUAGCUGUGAGCAGCAGGCAGCUCUCCAGAUGUGCCUUUGAAAGGGCCAGGGUAAUAGAGCUGCUACCCCAUCACGGAUCACCCUCAGCAGCUGUGCAUCUCUCCCCCUCUCCCUUAUCUGUGCAACCUGACCCUUCUGGUCCAUUUACUGCAGAGUGUAAAGAGGCACUGGAGUCAUCAUCAGCUGUGGUGCAUAAAUCACAGCAACUUCGAGAGAGUGUGAAACAGCUCAUGAGUGAUGCCAUCAUUAAACAGACAACCCUACAUCACUCAGUCAAUGAGGGAUUAUUGAAGAAAAUUUCUGAAUCAGUCAGUUUGCAGAAUCAGCUAGCUCUGAGCUCUGCAGCUACUAAGCAGGCCAUCUACCAUAAGCAGAGGCAGCUGAAGUGUGCCAGCUACAGCCAGGGCAGAGUUUUGGGUCCAGUUUCCAAGGUUGACUUGUUCUGCAGAGAGAGGCUAGACAGGCCUGUUGCACAGGUAUAUGGGAGACACCAAAGUUCCCAGCUGGCAGAGUGCAGACUCUUAACACAGGGCAGUGCUAUGCUGAAACAGCGCCUGGAGUCUGCAGAGAGGGAAAUGAAUGUGCUGCAGGCUUCAUGCAAGCGUUUAGUGGACGACACAUGUGUGAAAAGGACUGCGGUGGCAGUAGACUCUGCCGUGGUCCGGCUUCGCAGGAGACAUGUGCUCCCAGUGUUGGACCAAGUGGCAAACCCUUAAACGGAUCCCAAGAGUAGAAGGCCAUGCAUGUGUCAGCACAGUCAUUUUCAUGCUCCUUAUUUUUACCUGCAAUCAUAUGAAGCACUGAAUAAUUUGUAAUGUGCGUGAGUGUGGUUCAGAAGCUUUUUCUAAUGGGCAGAAAUAGACUACUAUAAACUACUAUGUGCGAUUUUAAGUUUCAAACAUCUGAAAUUGGUUCUAUAAAUAAUCAUUCCAUGUUUACAAAUAUUUACUUUGUCAAUUACCUCAAUUAUUU